UAUUGGAAUUUGCUGCACGCAAGUAAACAUUCAUUUGUAUAAUAUGUAUUGAAUUUAUACAACGCCGUAGGAACUGUGCGCAGCAAACACACAUAGCAAUGUAGUGGACCAGAUAAUUUGUUUUCGUUGUUUAUUUUCGAGCGCAUUUACUACAUUACAGCAGUGGCCACGCUUUUAAAAAUUGGAUGUGUUACUGUGCAGCUCUUUGGGACGUCCUUGGGUUGCAAGAAGGGCUACAGAAAUGCAAGUCUUUGCUUCCAUUCUCAUCAACCCUCCCGACGAUAGCCCACAUCCCACUUUGACAAUGAUGUGAGGCUGAUUAUUUGGCGAUUUCGACACUACUCAAACAGGCGGAGCUGCGAGUAGAGUUGAGGGCGAUGUGUAUGGAAUUAGAUUGCAUUAUCUUCAUGCAAGAUGGAAAAAAAGAUUAUCUGUUCUCCAGUCUAAAGAAAAAACUGAUGGAAAUUAAAAUAUGAUUAUGCUGGGAUUCCUUUAAGCAUAUGUGAAGUGUAUUGUGACAAUGACCAUUUUGGAUAUGGAGAUCCCAAAGAAGAAACUAUUUGAAGAUCCGGGCUUCCCUGCUUCUAGCACAUCUCUUUUUUCAAGUUAUUCUACACCUAUCACCAAAUUGAGAGGUAAAAUCACAUGGCUACGUCCACAGGAAAUAUCCAGAUCACCUCAGUUGUUUCCAGAAAACCCACAGGAUGGACAGAUAAAACAAGGCCUCUUGGGAGAUUGCUGGUUCUUGUGUGCUUGUGAAGCCUUGCGUAAAAACAGACAACUCUUAGAUAAGCUCAGGGACACAGAAAUUGACGAGGACAAAGUCAUGAUCUCCUUUGAUAUUACAGCAUUAUUUACAUCCAUUGACAUACCGUUAGCUGGAGAGACGCUAGCCACGCUACUAGAAGUACCAGGAGCACCGAUCCUGAACAUCAGAAAGGACAGCUUACUGAAACUACUAGAUUUAUGCCUAACAAUAGGCGAUAGUUGGAAAACAUUGGAUCCUGCCAUUGCUACAGCCCUGCAGUCUGCAGCAGAGGAUGGGGAAUUCUGGGUGGAGGAGCAUGAAUUUUUUCGGGAUUUUGAUGAGGUAACAGUGGGAUAUCCGAUAAAUAUGGAGGGACACAUCCUCAGUCUUUUAACAGGUAAAAGUUUGCGUCAUACACUACAACUUUCAGGACAGUGGGUGUUAGGUCUAUCUGCUGGUGGUUGCCGUAACAACAGUAGUUUCUGUACCAACCCCAAAUUCUGGUUGAGAAUUUUGGAUCCAGGUGAAGUAGUUAUCACAAUAUUACAAAAAAAACAUGAUUCCAGCAACAGAAAUGACAAGGCUUGUUGGUCAGAGAAGGCUACUAUGCAUUGUCAGAAUAUUGAAGAAGACCCCACCACUGAUGUCCUCCAACAGAAACGUCAUCGAGCAAUAGGGCUACAUGUAUGGAAGGUAGAGAAGAAACGAUUUAAUUUGCAGAAAACUGUUGCCAAAACACCAACCAUUUCAACAGAAUGCCAUACGUAUGACAGGGAAGUGAAACUGCAUUGUGAUCUUACACCUGGCUACUAUCUUGUCAUCCCAAGUACAUUCAUGAAAGACGAAGAUGGACAUUUUCUACUACGUGCUUUUUCAACAUCUAAAAUAUCAUUGAGUGUAGUGAAAGCAGCUCAUCCACUUACGCAGUUGGAGGAAAAUUCUGAAGGGGAAUGGGAGAUAAUGCAGUUUACAGAUUCGUGGAUCAAUGGAAAGAAUGCAGGUGGAAGCAGGAACUUCCCAACAUACAGCACUAAUCCACAUUUGCCAUUCUCAAUCCUCUCUGAAACUGGUAUUGGAAAUGUUCGAAUCACUCUGUGCCAGGAAAGUGUAGAUGGACAGUUCCUUCCAAUAGGAUUCCAUGUUUAUCAGGUACAUGAUAAAAAUUUGAAUCAAGCAUCCCCCCAACAUCUAGAGCCUGUGGUGGCUUGUGUGCCUCAUCGCUACACACAAGAAAUGACUCAACUUUGCACCCUCCCAACAGGAAAUUAUGAGAUUGUUCCUUCUACAUAUCUGCCCAACAGUGAGGCGCAAUUUACAGUCACUGUCGAAACCAAAAUAGACAGGAAGCCAUUCCAGUCUCAGGAGAACUUAGGACAAACAAUCAAUGAGGUCUCUUAUACCUCAGUAAUGCAAAGGUAAGAAACCAACACCAAAUUCUUCAAAUGUCUGCCUGAAAACAGUAAGAAAGUAUAAUCAGAAGAGAGUCAAGCUGUAGGCAUUCACUCUACCAUUUGCACUUCACAAAGCCUGACCCUCGUGGCACUAAUAAAAUGUGACAGGGCUCGUCAUUGUAAAUAAGCAAUUCUGCUUUAAGCAGACUGGCGAUGUGCUUGAUGUACAGGAGCAAGAACAAAAGCUGCCUUAGAACUGGACGCUACUUCAAAGAGUCAGCAUUGCUGCACACAGUAAUGGACAAAGAGCCGAUCGAUCUCCUGCUGCUUUGAUGUUAUUGAAGGCAAAUGAGACUGACAUUUAAAUUCAGUUUGUACUUUCAGCACACACCAUAUUACACAGUUCACUGAAUUGUAAAGGUCUGAUUCUGUCCUGCUUAUUUUGUAACCUCCUGUGGGCUGCAUUUUUCCAUAAUUUUAAAAUAAAACUGGAACUUGGGUUACUAUUCACUGA